AUGGAUCAUGAUACAAACAAUAACAUUUUUUUUGAAGAUGAAGAUAAAGAGGCUUUACAAGGCCUAUCUCCUGUCCCUCUACCCCCGCGAAAUAUCCAUUCUUAUAGCCAGCAGCUCCGUGCCACCUCUUCAGGACCUGGUAAUAAAAGACACCACAAAGGUAGAAAACACAGCCUUGAUGACAUCCCUAGACCUGUGGUUUCUGAGUGUUACUAUGAUGACUCGUCUUCCGACGAUGAAUUCUGCCCUCGUUCCUCUUCUCCUUCCAACACCACUCGUUCUCGCGGUGAGAGCGGUGAAGAUUUCUUUGUUGGUGCUGAGGAUGAUCAACUCAGGCAAUUCCAGCCAUUGCCUGAGUUCAUUGGAAAUGGUGGUGGGAAUGGAAUCUUCAAGUAUCCAACACGUUCCGCCGUGCAUGGUGGACGGCCACAUUGUCUAGAACUCAGGCCACAUCCUUUAAGAGAAACUCAAGCGGGGAAGUUUCUGAGAAACAUUGCCUGUACCGACACGCAGUUGUGGGCUGGUCAGGAGUGUGGGGUAAGGUUUUGGAGUUUCGAGAAUGCAUUUGAGGCUGGUUGGGGUUUAGGUGGGAGAGUGAGAAGGGGUGAUGAAGACGCUGCACCAUUUUACGAGUCGGUGAAUACCUCACCUACAAUGUGUUUAAUUGUUGACAGUGCUAAUAGAUUGGUUUGGAGUGGGCAUAAAGAUGGGAAGAUUAGGUCUUGGAAAAUGGAUCAACAUUUGGAUGACGAUAAUUGUCAUUUUAAGGAAGGAUUAUCAUGGCAGGCUCAUAAGGGUCCCGUUCUUUCUAUAGUCAUGAGUUCUUAUGGUGAUCUGUGGUCAGGUGCUGAGAAUGGUGUUAUUAGGAUUUGGCCCUGGGAUGCCAUUGAGAAAUCUCUCUCUCUUUCAUCAGAGGAAAAACACAUGGCUGCUUUAUUGGUGGAGAGGUCUUGCAUUGACCUCAGGAGCCAAGUCACUGUAAACGGUGCUUGCAGCAUAUCUUCUUCAGAUGUAAAGUUCUUAUUAGCCGACAAUGUUAGAGCUAAAAUUUGGUGUGCUCAGCCUCUGUCCUUCUCUAUUUGGGAUGCUCGUACAAAGGAGCUUCUGAAGGUAUUCAAUACUGAGGGUCACAUCGAGAAUCGAGCUGACCUGCCAUCAGUUCAGCAGCAAGAUCAGCCAGUAGAAGAUGAGAUGAAGGUAAAAUUUGUAGCCCCAUCAAAAAAGGAGAAAUCAGGGGGCUUUCUGCAACGUUCACGUAAUGCUUUAAUGGGAGCAGCAGAUGCUGUUCGCCGAGUUGCAACCAGGGGAGCAGGAGCAUUUGUAGACGAUACCAAGAGAACAGAAGCACUAGUGCUGACCAUUGAUGGAAUGAUCUGGAGUGGAUGUCCUAAUGGCCUUCUUGUGCAGUGGGAUGGGAAUGGAAAUCGUUUACAAGAAUUUAGUUAUCAUUCUUCUGCUGUUCAAUGUUUUUGCACUUUCGGAACACAUAUAUAUGUUGGCUAUGUGAGCGGUAUUAUCCAAGUAUUGGACCUGGAGGGAAAAAUGAUUUCUGCAUGGAUUGCUCACAGUAAUCCUGUACUAAAAAUGGCAGCUGGAAAUGGAUAUGUUUUUAGCUUGGCGAAUCAUGGUGGCAUACGUGGAUGGAGUAUUGCUUCUCCAGGACCUAUUGACAACAUAGUACGAUCAGAAGUGGCAUCGAGAGAAUUAAUGUAUACAAGACAGAACAGUUUCAGAAUCUUAGUUGGCACAUGGAAUGUUGGACAGGGAAGAGCAUCCCAGGAUGCACUUAAAGCAUGGUUAGGUUCUGCUGCAUCAGACGUUGGCAUUAUUGUUGUCGGGUUGCAAGAAGUAGAGAUGGGUGCAGGUUUUCUUGCAAUGUCUGCUGCAAAAGAAACUGUAGGACUUGAAGGGAGUAACAUUGGGCAGUGGUGGCUGGACAAUAUAGGAAAAGCCUUGGAUGAAGGAACAACUUUUGAACGUAUGGGUUCCAGGCAACUUGCAGGCUUGCUCAUAUCUCUUUGGGUAAGAAAGAAUCUCAGAAAACAUGUUGGUGAUGUUGAUGCUGCAGCGGUUCCAUGUGGCUUUGGACGUGCAAUUGGUAAUAAGGGAGGUGUAGGUUUGAGAAUUAGAGUUCUUGACAGGAUAAUGUGCUUUGUUAACUGUCACUUGGCUGCACAUUUGGAAGCAGUCAAUCGGCGCAAUGCCGAUUUUGAUCAUAUUUUUCGAAAUAUGUCCUUUGGUCGGACAUCAAACCUUACGGCAGCUGCUGGCGUCGCAACUGCAAGUCAUACGGUUAAGGGUACAAAUGCUGCGAGUGCCAACCAUGAAGAAGCAAGGCUUGAUUUAGCUGAAGCAGAUAUGGUGGUGUUUCUUGGUGAUUUUAAUUACCGGCUUUUUGGUAUAUCAUAUGAUGAGGCAAGAGACUUCGUUUCACAAAGAAGCUUUGAUUGGCUCAGAGAAAAGGAUCAGCUCAGAGCAGAGAUGCAGGCAGGGAAAGUUUUUCAAGGAAUGCGUGAGGCAGUCAUUGUGUUCCCUCCUACUUACAAGUUUGCAAGAAACCAACCAGGUUUAGCAGGAUAUGAUUCCGGGGAGAAAAAGCGCAUUCCAGCUUGGUGUGACAGAAUAAUAUACCGUGACAACCGAUCAACUCCAGUGUCUGAUUGCAGUUUAGACUGCCCUGUAGUCUCAUCAGUUAUACAGUAUGAAGCUUGCAUGGAUGUCAUAGAGAGCGAUCACAAACCUGUCCGCUGCAAGUUCCACGUUCAAGUUGCCCAUGUUGAUAGAUCAGUGAGGAGACAAGAAUAUGGAGAGGUUCUCAGGUCUAAUGAGAAAGUCAGGUCUAUCCUUGAACAAUUACGUUAUGUGCCAGAAACCACUGUAAGCACCAACAAUAUCCGCCUGCAAAGCCAGGACACAGUCAUCUUGCGAAUCACCAACAAAGAUGUGAAAGAAAAAGCUAUAUUCAGAAUUACUUGUGAAGGUGUGUGCACUGUCAGUGACGAUGGAGAGGAGAAUACUUAUCAUUCACGGGGUUCGUAUGGCUUUCCAAGAUGGCUCGAGGUUACACCAGCAGCAGGCAUAAUCAAACAAGACCACUUUGUGGAAGUCGCAGUACACCAUGAAGAUUUCCGUUCCUUAGAAGAGCUGGUUGAUGGAAUCCCGCAAAACUGGUGGUCUGAAGACACACGAGACAAGGAAGUUAUAUUGUCUGUGAAUAUCCAAGGCAGUAAUGCAACGGAGACACAUAGUCACCAAAUCGUUGUUCGACACUGCUACUCAGCCAAGACAGUGCGCAUUGACUCUAAAUCAAACAGUUCUCGGAGAGGCCAAGGAGGCUCGGUUCACCGGUCUGACGUUCGACAACUAAGUGGUUCCUCUGAUGUGGUUGAUGAUUUCCGAAACUUUUGA